AUGACAUAUUUUUGUUUUUCAAUUUUAAUGUCAAGUAGCUGAUAAUGCUUAAGACGUGUAGAAAUAAAUCAGCAAAAUACUUGCUAAAUAAAUUAUACCGAAAUGUUUCUACUUGGUCGACGCCUUUGGCAACAGCAUUUAAUUCGCCUCCAUAUAAAAAAAUAAACUUUACGCGCAAUGAAUCGGGACUAUUUCGUUUGCCCGAAUUACGUUCUUUUGAAGGUUUUUAUCUCUUGCGAGACAAUGUUGCAAAUAAAACGGAAGACCUAAUAUCUGAAGCUAUCUCAACAAAUCGGGAAAGAAAAAUGGUUGAAAUUUUUGACGAGCUUUCCGAUUCCCUUUGCAAAGUAGCUGAUCUAGCAGAAUUUAUUCGCAUUGCGCAUCCAAAGAACAAAUACUGUCAAGCCGCUGAGGAUGCCUGUAUUACUAUAAGUAGAAUAGUAGAAAGUUUGAAUACGCACAAACCUWUGUAUACAGCGUUACGCAAUGUUGUUGAUAAUGGCGAUAUUCUGCCCACGAGCGAUGUUGACAAACACGUAUCCAAACUAUUCCUCUUUGACUUUGAGCAAUCAGGCAUCCAUUUAGAAGAAGGAGAGAGACAAAAAGUAGUUCGGCUUAACGAGUACAUUUUACAAUUAGGGCAAAAAUUUAUGACCGGUGCGGUACAACCUUCUAUUAUUCAGCGUACUGAUGUUCCAUCAUCCGUUCGCAAUUACUUUCCUGCGGAAGGAGAUAGCGUUCUCGUUUCCGGUUUGUACACAAACUCAUCAUCUGCUGAAGCACGUGAAACUGCUUAUCGUCUAUUUUUGCGGCCAUCUGAACAACAGAAUCAACUACUUACAGAUUUACUUAUGUGCCGCCAUGAACUUGCUCGUACUUGUGGUUUCGAGACAUACGCACAUCGCGCACUUAAUGCAAGUACUGUUGAGCAUCCGAAGAUAGUUCAAGAGUUUCUAGAUGAAUUGUCACAAGGACUUUCUCCUCGAGCGAAUGCUGAUUUCAGAAUAAUGGAGAGAAUGAAGCGGCAAGAUAGCGGAAUAAAUACAGCCCGCGUUGCUGCUUGGGACCCUCCUUAUUUUACUUCUCUGAUGGAGAAGAAAUCAUUAAAAGCAAACACUAGUGAAUUCUUGCCAUACUUCAGUCUAGGUGGCUGUAUGGAGGGGCUUGAUAACAUAAUGCGUUCGUUGUAUGGAAUAUCUCUGAAAAACACCGAAAUGGAGCCGGGCGAAAGUUGGAAUAACGAUAUUUAUAAAAUAUCAGUUGUUCAUGAGACCGAAGGUUUACUUGGCUACAUUUAUUGCGAUUUUUUCGAACGARGUGGUAAACCUAAUCAGGAUUGUCACUUCACAAUACAGGGAGGAAAAGAUUUACCCGACGGUAAUUACCAAUUGCCAAUCGUUGUUGUAAUGUUAAAUUUGUCUCAACCUCAUUGGACUGGUCCUGUACUGCUAUCACCAUCGCGGGUCGACAAUCUUUUUCAUGAAAUGGGUCACGCAAUGCAUUCAAUGCUUGCCCGAACGAAGUAUCAACAUGUAACCGGCACACGUUGUAGUACUGAUUUUGCAGAGGUUCCGUCUGUAUUAAUGGAAUAUUUCGCUAACGAUCCACGUGUUUUGCGAACAUUUGCCCGACAUUUCCAGACACAAGAGCCAAUUUCCGAAGAUAUGCUGCGGCGAUUAUGCGCCUCGAAGAAGCUUUUUUCAGCUAGCGAAACACAACUGCAGGUUUUCUAUUCUGUACUUGAUCAAGUUUACCAUAGUGGACCAGUAUCGCAUAACAGAAGCACAACGGAAACGUUAAUAGAAGUGCAAAAGGAGUACUAUGGACUACCAUAUGUUGAAAAUACGGCUUGGCAACUUCGUUUUUCACAUUUGGUUGGUUACGGAGCAAAGUAUUAUUCUUACUUAAUAUCGAAAACUAUAGCUUCGUGGAUAUGGCAAAACUAUUUCGAAAAUAACCCAUUCAAUCGCGAGUCAGGUGAGAAGUAUCGUCGUGAAAUAUUGGCACAUGGUGGAGGUGUACCUUCUAGGCAACUGGUUUCGAAUUUUUUGAAAAGAGAUAUGACUCCGCAAAUCCUUGCACAAAGUUUACUGAAUGAGAUCGACAUGAACAAUGAAAUUGUCCAAGAUAUAAGUAAUAGUGGACUUAAUGCAGAAAUGUGACUACUUGUCAAAAGCUAAAAAUAUUAACCUUUUCCUAUAAGCAUAUAUGAGUAUGUACAUAGUAAACAAAUUUUGUAUUAUUUGACCUAUUUAUUAAUGAAACUAUAACAUUUUGAAAUACAUCAAUUGAUUAAUAAAGUAUAACAUUAUACUAGUUUGGUUAAUCAACCAA